AUUUUCUUCAAGGAAAUAAAUAUAAAAUAAAGACGCAUAAAAUUCAUACAAUAUCAUGUCAUUAAUAACAGAUCCUUUGUACAUAAUACAUACAAGUCGCAUUAAGUUCCUAAGAAUGGAUGAACGUGGUGAACGCAUUAUUACUUUUCCUCCUACUAUCAUGUCCGAUGAUUAUGUUCGUUUAGCAGCACCCAUUUAUCCAGAGAUGCAAUAUUGUUAUUCACCCAUUUAUGAUAGUUAUUUGAAUAAUAAUCACCCUCUUCUUACCAGCAGUCCACGUACAACAAAACGAAAUUACCGUCAACGAAAGCCAUUACAUUUACCUAAUCUUGUUGUAGGUAAGGGUAUAGGAAAUAAAAUGAAUGAAUCAUCGACUGACAGCGAAGAGGAUGAUGGGAUCGAAGUAGAUAAACAAAUUAAAGAAAAACAACUUGAAACAACUGAAGCAGAAGAUGAAGAAACCGAAACAGAAUUAGAGACAGCAAAACCAAUAACGAUGAUUCCAAACCGUUCAUAUCCGACUACUUCAUUACAUCCUUCUGUUGAUUCUGCUAUUGAUCCUUCACCUAGAUCAUCUAUUGACGAUAAUGCCAAUGCAUCAUUCACAGCAUUCCCUAUUCAAGAAGAAGAAGAAGAAGAAGAAGAAAAUACGUCAAAUACCACUCCAAUAACGGCUAUAGAAAUCUCGCCUGAACCAUCAGAAAGCAAAGACAGACAUAAACCAACUCAACAACCACCAUUAGAAUAUACCAAAAAGAUGAUUUCCCACCCUCUUACUGUAUCUGCUCUCUCUGCUUUGAUAGCAGAGAAGGCGACAACAGCGGAGAACCCAUUUUCAGAAUAUGCUUUUGUAUCUGGUAAAGGAGAGGGUAACCGAUCUAUCACACUUUGUGUCUAUCUACCCCAUUCAAGUGAACCUAGUAAGCCAAUGUCACUCGUUGUUCGAUCAGAUGCAAUUACUGACGAUGUCAUUGGCUUUAUUCUCUAUUCCUAUGUUGAACAAAAACGACAACCCGAGCUUGAAGAGGCAGCAUAUGACUUGGCUGAAUGGGUAUUAUUAAUUGCUGAAGAAGAUGGAGAAAUUGAAGAUGAUUUACCAGCCAUUGAUCGUACGCGUAAUAUUGGACGAGUUUCAUUUGAUCAGUUUGCACUCUGUCGAGCAACACCUUCACAAGCUAAACAGAAUGAUAUAGAUCGUGCUCGAAUGGGACGAUUUAAACCCGAUUUAGAGACCCUAAAGAACAAGAAGGCGUUAGCAGCAGGGGGUAGGCUCACUGCAGUUCCAAGUCAACAUGAAUCAGCAGAAAAUAAAGAUCCUACGCUUGAAGGGUCACCUACAGGUGGUUUAUCUGAAGAAAACAUGACAUCACAUUUGAUGCCUCAACAGCAGCAACCAGAACCAGAUCCUUCAACCGUUGCUGUACCUGUCCCAUCAUCAAAGGCUACUCUAACGAAAGCGACUAUGCCUAUGACACCCCUUAAAUAUUUCCGUAUUAAACUUAUGACGAAUGAAGAAGUGUCAGCAACAACAGCUAUCCCCGUGUAUGCAGAAAUGUUUAUUGGUGAUGUUCUUGAACUUGUAUCACGAAAAAGAAAAUUAAAUUCAAAUGAAUACAUGCUUAUGAUUGCAGAUACCAACGUGAUUGUCCCCAAUGAUACAACUGUUGAAAGUAUGAAAGGAAUAACUGAUUUAACAUUGAUAAAGAAAGGAACAGCUUUAAACGUUCCAACCUCUACACAUUUAUGGCGAUCACCCAUUAAAAGAAAGAAGGAAGAAGUAAAUCAUCCAAUGUAUUUUACUACAACUGAUAGUCGAACAGCAGGCGCAUCUAAUGAUGGAUUAUUUUCACAGUAUAAAAAAUAUACAGUCAGUAGAAAGAUGCCAAUGUUUGUCAGUAAACGUAUCUAUAUUUUGGCUAUUGAUGGUGAUUAUAUUCAUUUAAUGCCACCUGAACAUAAAGGCAUGUUUGAUUCUGUAAAAACGUCUUCAUUCCAUGCCAGUGCAGUAAAGUCUUGUAAACAAAGUAAAAAGAUACCAGCAAACUUUAAAAUAGUUAUUUUAAAAGAACGGGAUUAUAAAACAUAUGAUUUGGAAGCUGAAAGCGCAAAAGAAGCGAAUGAAAUAUGUAGUAGAAUUCGGUUUUUAAUGCAAGUAACUAAAGGAACUUGAAAAAAAUAAAAUAAAAAAA